UCUGAGGAUGCAUCUGUGCCACUGAGCUGCUUCGGUGCCAGCGUCCCCCCAGGCUGGGGGCUUCCACUCAGCUCUCCAGAGACCCUCCCUGGCAGCUUGCGCCGCCCCCCAGCACCAUGCUGAACGCCAGUGCCCCCUGCGCGUCCAACGCCUCGCGCUGCGGGGUGGAUUUCCAGGUUGGCCAGGAGCUGGUGGUCUCUCUCUAUGGUGUCGUCUUCCUGCUAGGCCUGGCCACCAACGCUCUGACCCUGUGGCCCAUCAUGCAGCAGGUGCGGCUGGGCAACGUGCUGGCCGUCUACCUGCUGGGCCUGGCCGCCUCUGAUGUGCUCUACCUGUUCACCCUGCCGCUGUGGAUGCUGUACGUGUGGCGUGGGCACCGGUGGACCCUGAGCAGCCUGGCCUGCCACGUCGCCGGCUUCAUCUUCUACUCCAACAUGUACGUCAGCGUCCUGCUCCUCUGCCUCAUCUCCCUGGAGCGCUACCUGGCCGUGGCCCACCCGCUUCGCUCCUUGGGCCUGCGGAGCCGCCGCUCGGCCGCCACUGCCAGCGCCCUGGUGGCCAUGCUGGUUUUCACCUUCCAUGUGGGCAUCGCCCUGCGCUCCCCGGAGCCGGCCAAUGCCUCCUGCUAUGAUAGCUACCCGCUGCAGCCUGGCGUGGCCCGGUUCAACUACUUCCGGGUGGCCGCCGGCUUCAUGCUGCCCUUGCUGGUCCUGGCGGUCUCCUACCUCAAGAUCUUCCAGGGGGUGCGGGCUAGCAGCACCCUGCUGGGCUGGCAGAAGGCCAAGGUGAAGCGGCUCUCGCUGGGCGUUAUCGGCAUCUUCCUACUCUGCUUCGCCCCCUACCACUUGCUGCUGCUGGUGCGGACAGUGGCCUCUGCGGUGCUAGAUGGCUGCUCCCUCUGCUCCUUCGAGCAGCGGCUCCACCUCCCCUUCUCCUUGGCCCUGGCCCUGUCCAGCCUCAACAGCGCCCUGGACCCCGUCCUCUACGCCCUGGUGAGCGACAGCAUCAAGGGCGACCUACGGAAGGUGUUUGGCUAUGUGGCGCGCACCCCGUCGCCCGGCACAAUCACCUCUCUGGCCUUGUGACCGGGGCUGGCAUGGCACCGACCGAGGGAGACUGGAUUGGGGAUGCCCAAUGCCACCGGAAGGGGGAGCUACGUGCCUAGGAACAUCGGCCUCACCCAUGGGAGAAAGCCCGCAGCGGCCCCCACCGGAACCAAGAGACAAAGCUGGAGCCAUGGGCGAAUGCCAAA